GAGAGAGAGAGAGAGAGUGAGUGAGAGAGAGAGGAGGGGAGGGGAAAACAGAGCUCAAGCAAAAGAAGGUUAGGCAGCAGCGAGUUAGGAAAAUGGCGAUCAUGCAGGACAAAUGCCUCCCCUCGUAGAUGCUGCAAACGCGUUGAAAUUAUUUUAGCCUUACUGCCGGCUUUCCUUUCCACUCUGUUGCACUUUAUACUUCAAUGAGAGAUUCGGAAUUGAAAGCUGUUGCCACCAAAGAAGCUGAAGCAUCGAAACAGGGAACAUACCCAUAGAGGGAAGAACAGUGGAUGGAAGAGAGAGAAAGACGGAGAGUGUGACGAGGACAGAGGAUAAGAAGAUACAGCACUGGUCAAAAGUGCCAGAGCAUACCAAGUCAAGGCAGUCUUAAAUCUAAACCACAUCUCUUCCCCCUCCCCACAUACACACACAAACGCACACACAUACAGUCCUCAGCAAUGCCAAGGGGGCCUGAUCAGCCUGCUGCCCGCUCUGACAAGCCCUGCCUCUUCACCUCACACCCUUGAGCCUGUGCCCGCUGAGCUUUGACUUUUGACCUCCCCUUUGUCGACCUGGGAACCAGAGGUCACUUGUUCUCCACUCAACCCAGGGACGCCCUCCUGCCCAAACAGGAGCUGCAGCCACGUGCCCCACUCACAGGCAUGGCUCCCAUUCGGGAUUCCGUCAGCCACUCCCCUAAUCAAACAGGUCUGGAGCAUCCUGGCUUAGACUCCCAGUAUGAGCCUUCCCCCUGGUCCUCUGGCUCUCCCUGCAGCAGUGACGGCAACAGUAACUGGGGCAAAGUCCUAGUAGAAGGAAGCACCGACAAACCCAACCCCCCUUCUUCAACUAACUCUUCUGUCUGGCCUCCCUCCUCUUCUUCAUUCUCUUGCUCCUCGUCUUCUUCCUCUUCUGGCUGUGGGUCAGGAUCAGACCCUGAGUUGGCAUCAGAAUGCAUGGACGCAGACUCUAGCUCCUCAAUCGGCUCAGAGAAGAACCUCGCCGCUGUGACAACAGUGAUGAUGAUGUCAGCAAAUGCUUCUUCCUCUGUGUCUUCUACAGCUUCUUCUCCCUCCUCCUCUAUGGUGACUUCUGCCAUGAUUGUCAGCGGUUCAGUGAAUGGAGACAGCAACGGUAACAGUCGUCAGGUAAUUGGUGGAGGGAUGGGAACCAUCAGCGGUGCAAAUAAUGGAAAUAAUAACGUCACCGGGUCCUCCCACUACUCCGUGGCUGGUUCCAGCAGUAUUGGCAGCAAUAACAUGGGUAACCAUAACAACAAGCCCAUCAAUAACGGUAGUGUAUGGGGCAGCAACAUGAUCCCCACCGGUGGAAGCACCCCCUGCAUCAAUGUAGGGUUAAACCCAAACACUUCAAACCCAAAUGCCAACCAUGGUGCCUGGUCGCAGAAUCCAAGCCCAGUGUCCCAGGGCCAACGGCCUCCACAGGCUCAGGGGAUGAGUUCCAAACUGGGUAUAGCUCCCCAACAGGGCCCCAUGCUGGGCUGGGGUGGCAUGGCAGCUCCAAACAGCAGUAUGAUGGAAGACACUGAGGUGAAUAAUGGUACAGCAAGCAGCAAUGUGUUAGAAAGCAGCAACAGUGGAAAUGGUGGCCUACAACCUACCAACCUUAACACUGAAUCCAAUGGACCAAAUAACACUAUUAUGAUGAAUACUACUACUACUACUACUAACGCCACAAUGACCUCUAGUCCACCAAACUCUACCGCCUCACCCCAACUCAGCGGGGAUUGUUCCUGGGGCUCUAUUAGAGGAGGGAAUGGGGGUCCGCUGGCCAAUGGAAACCCCUCAUCAGCCCCCCAGCACCCCCAAGGAGAGCUGGGGGGUUCUGGGACCUUCGGUACGCCUUGGGGCGCAACUACCUACCCUGGAGAUAAGGCCCCCCCGAAUGCAGACACUGUGAACUCUCAAAACCCUGCCUUAAUGCAGGCAGGGAACCCCCAAAUCUCCUCUACUGCUGCUUACAAGAGUAAUAAUAACCACAAUAACACUGGGGCCCCACGCUGGGACCAGGGGCCCGCCAAUAACCCAAACCAGACUCAGAGCAACUUGUCUUGGGGUAUCAGCUCAAAUCAAAUCACAGGCUCUGUAGGCCAAACACCAGGAAAUGGGAACCAAACUACGAUGGGCCCUCCAGCAGGGUUAACUCGCCCCUGGGGGAGCAGCGCGUCGUCUUCUUCCUCGUCCUCAUCGUCCUCUUCCACAUCUAACAACAAGAUGUCAAAUGGAGAAUGGGGAACAACAACUCCUAGUAACAACCAUUCAGAUGCUGGAAGUCAUAAAGGAAACUCUGCCAACAAUGGCUGGAAGAGCCUGGAGGAUGACGCCAUGGGCAUGGGAGGUGGAGGGGGAGGAGGUGGAAGCCAUGGCUUGGGGAGUGUCACUGGAGGCUGGGGUCGCACUGGAGGAAGUGAGGGAAGCGUAGAGAGCUCCGGAGGCCGAUCCAGCUCAGACAGAGACGGCAGCCAGCCAAAAGGGGGAAAUCGUAGAAAAGUCGUCCCUGCUGCAACCAUACUACCAGCUGUGUUGCAGGCCGAUGUGGACCCGAGGGUUCUGUCCAACACUGGAUGGGGACAGACACCCAUACGGCAGAACACCACCUGGGAUGUCAAUUCCCCUGCUAACAAUCGGCUUCAGGUUCCCAAUAGAGACGAAAGAAAGCAAAGCAGCGGAGGCUCCGGAUGGGGCACAGCAACACCGGCAGCUCCCUCCCAGACCUCUGGAGGUUGGGGGGGUGGGCAGGGCAGCUCAGGCCCAGGUACAGGAGGUUCUGGCUGGGGAGAGCGGCCACCCUCUGGGUGGGACAGCAAAGUCCCAGCGAGCGGAGGAGGUGGGCAAAAUGCCUGGAACGAUGGAUCCAGCUACAAGGGGAGCAACAACAACAGCAACACCUGGAGCAAUAACAUUAACAAAGAUGACAGGUCCAAUACGUGGACUAAUGUGCCCAAACCGCAUCAGGGCUGGGGUUCCAAUGGUGGAAAUGGAAGUGAAGGCUGGGGUAAUGGUGGAGAUGGUGCCAGAACAGGGGGCAACAACCACUGGGGGGAGCCCCAAAAAGGUGCCAGCUCAGUGGGCUGGGACAGCGACAGCGACCGGUCAGGCUCUGGAUGUUGGAGUGAGCAAAGCCGAACCAACACCAGCAGCAGCAACACCUGGGUAGGGAGCGGAGGAUCAAAUACUCCAGACCAGAGCACUCCGAACCCAGGCUCCAACUGGGGCGACACAGUCCACAAACCCAAUCCUCAGAGUAACAGCCAGGGCUGGGGUGAGCCAAUGAAGAACAACCACGGAGCCCAGAACUGGGGCGAGCCGAAUCCCAAGCCCUCCAACGAGUGGGGAAAAGGUCCAGAAUCUAACAUGUCCAAAGGCAAUCCAGCCCUUAACAAGCCCACAGGCUGGCUGGGAGGCCCCAUGCCCACUGCAGGUCAGAAAGAGGAAGUAGCAACUGGGUGGGAAGAGCCUUCUCCAGAGUCUGUUCGACGGAGGAUGGAGAUCGAUGAUGGGACAGCAGCUUGGGGAGAUCCUGGUAAAUACAGCGGUGGAUCUGUCAACAUGUGGAACAGGACUGGCCAAUCAGACCAGGAGGCCAUAGGCCCAUCCACUCAGCACCAGUCCCACCCAGCACGCAGCUCGAUGCAUCCCCCUCCUCAGCCUGUGCAGCCUCAUACACAGGACAAAAGCAGCAGUUCUGUUUGGGGUGAGACUUACCCCCAGAAGAAGGAGUCCUCAACCUGGGAACCUACCCCCGCCCCACCUGUGAAAGUGGACAACGGGACGUCUGCCUGGGGGAAGCCCAUGGAAGCCAGCACCACCUGGGAAGAACCCAGCAGGGAUAACAGAGAGUCUGGGCCUGGAUGGGGCAGCCAGCACAAGUCUGCUCCAGGUCCCAAGCCCAUGGAGACAUGGGGUGGUGAGGAGGCGGCCAUGGGCAAUAGCUGGGACCAGGAAGAAGAGGUGGAGAUUGGCAUGUGGAGCAACAGCCAACAGGACAACAGGUCCCACGACCAAAACACCUGGAACUACAAACAUAAAGGCUCCAACAAGAUAACCAAACCAGUCAACAAACAGGAUGAACCCUGGAUGAAACCCUUCAUCAACCAGUUCAACAGCAUGAACUUCUCUCGAGACUCUCCUGACGACUCCAUGAAGACAGGAGCAGGGAUGGUGCAGGACAAGCGUAUGGACAUGGGCAGUAUGGGAGACUAUAAUGGAGUAAUGGGCAAGAACCCAGGCUCUCGACACCAGCUUCACAAGGAGUCUGCCAUGGAUCGCAGCCCUUACUAUGACAAGCUGUCAGUUUCCCCCUCUGCUUACAAUAACCCAGCUUCUGAUGAGCUCUCCUCCAGUCAAAGCAUGAGCUUUCCCCCUUCCAAUUCCGCUCAGCCUAUCCCCUGUCUCGACUCUGGGCUGUCUCCUGCCCACUCUAGUCCUGGGGGCGCUCGACAGAAUGUAAACCCUAUGAUGGGCGGCAGCAGUGUAGCACAGGGCCGAGGCGGCCCCCAGUCCCAGGUCCCCCCCCAACCCAACCUCCGUAACCAAGUGCCUCCACCCAUUCUGCCCUCUCAGGUGCCUCCAUCCCUGUUGAAGUACCCAGGAGGUAACGGAGGUCUGAACCCUCUGUUUGGCCCUCAGCAGGUGGCUGUACUCAACCAACUCUCCCAGCUCAACCAGCUGUCACAGCUUAACCAGAUCAACCAGUUACAGCGUCUUCUCCUCCAGCAGCAGCAGCAACAACAGCAGAAGGCUCAGAGCCAGAGAGCCAUGCCUGUGGGACGACCGACUGAACAGACACGUCCUAUUGGUUCGUCUCCAUCAAUGAUGCCGCUGCCACGGCACCUGGACCCCUCCCUGCUGAAACAUGCCCCACCCCACAAACCGUACCUGGACAACUACUUGUCCCACAAUACCCCUGAGAUGCAGAAGGAUGCUGCUGCUCUCGGAUCCUUCAACUUCCCUUUAAGCUUGAACUCUAACCUGAAUGUACCCCUGGACAUGGGUGGUGGUUGUAGUGGUGGCGGAGCUGUGAGCUACAAAGAGCCGCCCCAGUCCAGACUGAAAAAACUUUGGGCUACUGACCCUCUGGAGCAGAACAGCAAAACUGGUGCUAUGUCGUCUGGGCUGCGUCUGGAAGACUCUCCCUUCUAUGACUUCCUCUCUCCUGGCCCAUCUCCCCUGAGUCCCCCCGGCCAAUCAAUGGGCUCGGUGGGUGAUGGCUGGCCGCCCCGUGCCAACUCCCCCCCGCCCCAUGGAAACACUGUCACCUGGCCCCCAGAGUUCCGGCCCGGGGAGCCUUGGAAAGGUUACCCCAACAUUGACCCUGAGACUGACCCUUAUGUGACCCCCGGCAGUGUCAUCAACAACCUCUCCAUCAACACCGUCCGUGACACAGACCACCUCAGGGACAGGAACAACGGGCCAUCCUCAUCACUAAACACCACGAUGCCUUCUAACAGUGCCUGGUCAUCCAUUCGUGCCUCCAGCCACAGCGGUUCCCUCACCAGUACAGCACAAAGCACUUCAGCCAGACCCAAUGAGUCAAAGUGGUCUCCUGGCGGCGGUUCUGUGUCCAACUCCUCCCUGGCCCAUGAGCUGUGGAAGGUCCCCCUGCCUCCCAAGGCGCUGUCUGUGGCAGCCCCAUCCAGACCACCACCUGGCCUCACCAGCCAGAAGCCCAGUGCUGCCCCAUCCGGUUGGGACAGCUCUGCCCUCAGGCUGGGGGGGUGGGGCUCCUCUGAAUCCAGAUACACACCUGGUUCCAGUUGGAGUGACAGCAGCAGCUCAGGGAGAACCCAAUGGCUUGUUCUGAAAAAUCUCACACCUCAGAUUGACGGCUCUACCCUGAGGACCUUGUGCAUGCAGCACGGCCCUCUGAUCACAUUCCACCUCAACCUGCCACACGGUAACGCCGUGGUAUGCUACAGCUCCAAGGAUGAGGCCACGAAGGCCCAGAAGAGCCUGCACAUGUGUGUUUUGGGGAACACUACUAUUCUGGCUGAGUUUGCCAGCGAGGAGGAAAUCAAUCGUUUCUUUGCACAAGGACAGUCAUUGGCCACUCCCUCCUCUGGCUGGCAGGCCAUUGGCUCCUCUCAGAGCAGAAUGGAUCAGUCUCACCCCUUUCCCAGCCGCGCUCCUGAACCUAACCAGUGGAACAGCAGCGAUCUCCGCAGCUCCUCACUCUGGGGUGGGCCCAACUAUUCCAGUAGCCUGUGGGGGAACCCCAGUGGCACCGAGGCGGGAAGGAUCAGCAGCCCUUCUCCAAUGAGCUCCUUCCUCCCGGUGGAUCACCUGACAGGGGGUGGGGACUCCAUGUGAACCGCCUGCCAAUCAAACAGGUUGGGGGAAGGGUCAGUAGAGAAUUAUCAAUAAUCAGCAGAAGAAAAUGAAAAAAAAAAGUAGUUCUAAACGCAAUGGCACUAGUCGGACUCUUUCUCACUUACAAGAUAUAAAACAAAACGGGGUCUCCCCUGUGGAAAACAAGUUACGUUUCUCUCUGCACAUAUGUCCACUUUGUUUUAGCCCAAAAACAUAUCAGUCGGAAUACUUGAAUCAUGCAGGCCAAUUCUAUAAUGUGAACGGAUGGAUAUUUGCUUCCAGGUAGUGCUCUUUCAGACCGAAAAAAGCUUCAAUCAAGCUCAUUAUUAUAUAUAUAUAUUUUUUUUUGUUUGUUUCAUUCGUCAUGUUUAUUUGAAUUCCAAUUAUUUUCAUUUUUAACGUUUUCUUUUAGUUUUUUUUUUUUUGCAUUUGUUUGCUGACAAUGUUGGAGUAUGAGCUUUUUUAACUUUGCACUGAAUGUGGUUUUUCUCAGUAUAUAUAAUCUGCAAUAUAGAGGGAGCAGCCAGUUUUUCCAGUGUAGCUGUUUACUCAUUGAGGUCCUUACCGUAUGUGUGUAUGCGUGUGCACGCGCACGUAUGUGUGUGGAAGUACUUUGUGUGUGUAUGUGACUGCGUGUGUAAAUGAGUAUGUGUGCGCUCCUCUCUGCCUUGGCACGCCUACCUUACUGCGUUGUCGUGGAGUUCAAGAUCAACAGAUAGUUAAAGAAAAGAAAAAAAGCUGACUUAGGAGGAUUAUCUGGUGAUAGUAAGAGUGACAUUAAAAAGUAUUGCACCAAUUUUGUUUUAAAACUAAAGAACGUUGAGCUCUGCAGUGCAAAGGACUGUAGCCGCAGCUGGGACUAGCAAGCCCCGCCCGCCCUAAUGUAGGGGGCGGGGCCUAUCUAGCAAGCCCUCCCACUAGCCCCCUAGUGGGCAGGGGGGAAACAGCACUUUCAGAAUAGGCUUUCAAUGUUUUGGAGGUGCCACACUGCAACCUCUUGUUUACAAGACUUAGGAGGCGGAACGUGUGUUCAUUCUUCAUUUUAAAGAGAAGAUGGAAUAAAAUAUAAAAUACUCAAAAAAAAAAAAAAAAAAAACUAUAAUAAAAACUUCAAAAAAAAAUGUACAAAACAAAUGAAAAACUACAAAAAAUGUAAACUCUUAUUGAGGAUGAAGACGAUGCUUUGUAACUCUGGGAAUUCGGAUCAGUGUUUUUGGCCAUGGCGUUGGUUAUUUGAACUAUUCCUCUUUGUCUGCUAAAUAACCAGCAAUGGUUCUCAGGAAAUCAAGCCAGUUUUCCCCCCCUUGUAGGUGAAUUAAAAAAAACUACUACUCCUUGUAGGAAAGGAAAAUCCAACUUCUAGCACUGAAAACUAUGUAUAGGUCUGUAAGUUUUAUUUUCUCUGCCAAAUAACUGCUUUAAGCUGGAGAAGCUCAACACACUGCUUUCAAUAUGCUGUUUUUUGAGGGACGGGGGACGGGGGGUCCUAAUGUGGGGGGGUGGAGGACGGGCUGUAGAAAUCCCAACGCUCCCUCUCUCCUCCUCUUCCUCCACUCCACUGAAAAGUGGGGAGUGUUUAUUGUGUGAGUGUGUGACUGUCAGUUGAAAACGUUCUGUCUUGUCAGACUUAUAAACCAAGAGAAAGGCAAAUCUGUAUCUAUGCAUACUGUAGCCUCUCACAUGCCUACUGAGAGGCGUUUUUUUUUUCCUUCAUUUUUUUCUUUUUCCCCGUGUCUCACAAAAUGUUUUAAAUGUUUCAUUAAGUACAACAAAAUGCGAACUAUAACUUGUUUUUUUUUUUUUUAAUCGCUCUCAUUGCCACAAAUGGUGUUUUGAAAAAAAGGAAAGAAAAACUUUAAAAAUCUUUUCGUUUUGGUUGAAGAUAAUAUUUUAACAGUGCAAAAGUCGUCCACAUUUCAUUGCCUUGAUCCUAAUUGUGUCCGAAGAUGCAACAACAAGUCAAGUGGCUUCUACCUGUUUACAAAUAGAAUAUGAUUGUAUUGUUGUACUGUUUUUUUUUUUUUUUUUUUUUUCCUUCUUUGGGUGGGGGAGGGAGGGGUACUCGUCUGAAGUUCAAGACCUGAUGAAUCGUGUGUGUGUGUAUAUGUAUGUGUGUGUGGAGGCUCUGUACCGGCAGAUGUGAGUUCUACCGCUGGAGGGGAAGGUGUGGGAGGGAAGGAAGGAGUUGUGUGUGUGUGUGUGUGUGUGUGAGAACAGCGUGAAUGUAAAUCCACCAGGGGUGUUUGUCGACAAAAUACACGUGUGAAUAAUAGAUUUACCUAUCUACCAGUGAUUGUUAAGUUACUAUGAUGCACAAUUAUCGGGGGAAAACGAAAGCUUCAGAGAGUGCGUUAACGAGAAGUCAGCAUUAGCGGAAGCCAUGGACCUUAAUUUCUUUUCUUCAUUGUGUAAUUAAUCUGUGUUAAGCCUGUUGUGUGCGCGUGUUUCCCCCCUCCGAUAUGGGUUUUUAUUUCAGAAGUACUAGAAACAUUGGCUUAAGUUGUGUUUUUAAGUUUAGUCGUAAAUAUUUAACAACUUUUAAAGCAUGCAUAGUGAGACAGAACCUUGAGUAUUAGCCAGACUUGACAGUGGUGUGUGCCAGUAUUGAACUGCUCUCUACCAAAUAAUUCAAUCAUACAAAAGACUAGUUUACUUAAUUCCAGAUCUCUUUGCUUAAACUAUAUAUAUAUAUAUAUUAUUUGUAUUUUGUCUUGUUUAACAAAUGUCAUCAAGUGGAACAUCUAAACCAUGUUUGUCAUUUGUUUUUGAGUUGACUUAAUUGGACUAAUUGAACUGAGGAGCCUUGGAUUUUGCACUUUGGUGGAUUAGAGGAAAGGCUGAGCGACUGGAGAGCAAAGCCGAGAUGGAUGGUCAGACAGCGUGGUGGUGUAGGUUGAAUUUUCAGGUGUGUCUGAGUUUUGUGUGUGUGUGUUAUGACUAGAGAAGAUGGUGCUUUGUUGGCCCCAGUGAGGUAGCGAGAGAAGAGGGAGGGGGUUGUCGUCCUCUCCAGGUUUACCUCUCCCUGUUCACUGGGCCGUUCGGUCAGAGCGGCGACAUCGCCACGCCGCCUGAACUGAGCCAGAAUGUAGCUGAAAACGGUUUAAAAGGUAGAAGUGACGGCUGGAGCCUCGAUCUGCCUUCUCUGGCGCCUGAUGAGCCUCAAACCGGGAACCGCCGCACGGGAAAAAUCGAGUAAAGCAACCAUUGCUCACUGUUUAUGUAUUUUAAUCAGUAUUUGACUACUGUUCUGACCACGCCUGGUUGUCAUGGUGAUCAUUGGUGGCUGUUGCCGUGGAGCUGCUCGUGUCUUGAGCUUGACUGAAAUGGGGCGAGGCUUCUUGUUGGCCCGUAGUGACUCAGGCAAGGAGGUGUGACUUGUGAUCGGCUGGUUCUUCCUGGCUUUUCAGGGACACAGGGUUACACUUGCUGCUUUCAUGGCCUAUCCAGGAUCAGCUCUCCCUCUCCAACUCCUAAGCUUAAUUACAGGAGAGGAAACGCAAAACUGACAGGAGGUCUUGGGCAAGUGAACUCUAAAUGGUCUAUAUUCCCUUUCUGCUCUUGAUGAAAUUAUUUAAAACUUUGUUCAUUCUGAGUUUGACAGUGCUUGUCUCCUAGCGCUCACCUGUGCGCAGUUUUGUCCUUCCUCAGUAUCCUUACGUUAACCAAUUAGUGGGACACAAACUGACGUCUGAUCAGCAGCUCAGGAGGCAGCAUUGCUAUGCUGGUAGAGAAGGGACAAGCAACAUCUGUAAAUCGCCUCUCGUUGAUGUUACUGUUUUGCUUCCCAGCUUAAUCUCGCUGUGUGUGUGUGUGUGUGUGUGUGUGUGUGUGUGUGUGUGUGUGUGUGUUCAUGCCAAAUCAAGGGUGAGAGGGAAGGAAAGGCUUGAUACAAUUUUUUUUCUUUUUUUUUUCUUUUUUUUGGUUGAUGUGUAAGUGUGUAUAUUGAAAAAGCUGGACAAUGUUAAAUGCUUGAAGAAAAAAAA